GGCGUAUUGGAGCCUAGCAAGUCCGGGAGGCGGGACAUAUUGAUUCGACGCACCAAUCGCAUCGGGGCAAUGAUUGGAUGUACUGACGCUUAUCCAAUCAGCGACGUCUCUCGGCUAAGUAGCUGUGCGUGUAGCCAAUCAGAGCCCGUCAGGGGCGGGACCCGCUGGAUGGAUGACUGGAGUUUCCCUUGCGGUCUGAAGAUUAAUGGAAGGGGUCUGUUGAUCUUAGGAAUCGACUAUCAGAUGGUCGGUCCCAGGAAGCCAUUGCACUUGAUGCCUGGUCUAUAAACGAAUGGAGAGCUAUCCGAUUUGAAACAACCGACUGCGGGGGGAAAACCGAACAACCUGGACACCACUUUUGUUCGCUGAGUGUCCCCAGAAAAGGCCUGCCCACACAGAGACAGCACCUGGUUGGUUCAGGCCAGGAGACGACUGCGAGGGACGCUACGAGCUAACGCUAGUCUGCUCGUUGCAUAGACGGAAACAGCCUUUCGACGACCUGUCAAAUGCUCUGGACUUGAUUGUGGACACGCCGAAGCCGUCUCUGGGAAUAAAAGGACACUCGAUUAACAUCUCGUUUCGGGGGAUUUGACGAGCUUUAAAACACUGCAACGCCAACAACCACUGGCCAUCUCUGCUAGAGUUAGCCAGCGUGCUAGCCCAGAGCUAACCCAAAGCGUUAGUGUCCACUGCACACUCGGAUUUACUCGCUCGGUUGGGAGUGUUUCCCAACUCACUAAGUGAAGGUGUUGGAGGAAACACAUUUGCACUCGUUAGUCAAUAAUGGUAGCCGUCAGCUAGUAGCCAGCUGUCAGCUUCAUUGAGCCCAGCGACUGCGUUUUUUUUUUGUUUUUUUUAUUAUUAAGCGGUGUAGCAUCCCUCAACGACUUGUAAAGGAAGAAAUCAGUCCGAGCCCAGAGACUCCACCAUCAGCCUGCCAUCAUGGGCAACACGCCCACCGCAAAGAAGGGCAAUGAGAUGGAGAGCGUGAAGGAGUUUCUUGCCAAAGCCAAAGAAGAUUUCCUGAAGAAAUGGGAGAAUCCAGCACAGCAAACUGCGGCAUUGGACCACUUUGAGCGUUUGAAGACCUUAGGCACUGGUUCGUUUGGUCGAGUCAUGCUGGUUAAACACAAAGAGACGGGCCAGCAUUUUGCCAUGAAAAUACUUGACAAACAGAAGGUAGUGAAGCUGAAGCAGAUAGAACACACACUGAACGAGAAACGUAUCCUGCAAGCUGUCAGCUUUCCCUUUCUGGUGCGACUGGAGCAUUCUUUUAAGGACAACAGUAAUCUGUAUAUGAUAAUGGAGUACGUACCCGGGGGCGAAAUGUUCUCACACUUAAGGAGAAUCGGUAGAUUCAGUGAACCACACGCCCGCUUCUACGCAGCCCAGAUUGUACUGACCUUUGAAUACCUUCACUCGCUGGAUCUCAUCUACCGAGAUCUUAAGCCGGAGAACCUGCUCAUCGACCAGCAAGGUUACAUACAGGUAACAGAUUUUGGAUUUGCAAAAAGGGUGAAGGGCCGAACCUGGACGCUUUGCGGGACCCCAGAGUACCUGGCACCAGAGAUCAUCCUCAGUAAGGGUUACAAUAAAGCAGUGGACUGGUGGGCUCUGGGAGUGCUCAUAUAUGAGAUGGCUGCUGGUUACCCCCCCUUCUUUGCAGACCAGCCUAUUCAGAUUUACGAGAAGAUUGUAUCAGGGAAGGUUCGCUUUCCCUCCCACUUCAGCUCAGACCUGAAGGAUCUGUUAAGAAAUUUGCUGCAGGUGGACCUGACCAAGCGCUUUGGCAACCUCAGGAAUGGAGUCAAUGAUAUCAAGGGCCACAAGUGGUUUGCCACCACUGAUUGGAUUGCCAUCUACCAGAGGAAGGUGGAAGCUCCCUUUAUUCCUAAGUGCAAAGGCCCUGGUGACACGAGCAACUUUGAUGACUACGAGGAAGAGGAAAUCAGAGUCUCCUUCACAGAGAAGUGUGCAAAGGAGUUUGCUGAGUUCUAGAUUCCAACCAUGAGUAGCAGAGAGAGAGAGAGAGAGAGAGAGAGACAGGUAUUUAGAAAGAAAAAGGGGGUCAGAAGAAAGGAAGCGCUAGGGUGGACUGCUAACUUGCUUAUUUGUAGUGACGACAACAAUGUAAAAUCCCCCCCAGUCGAAAGGUAGACAAAG